AUGUGCCCACCGUCCGACCUGGCCAUCGCCGAAGCCCAAGAUGCAGACGACAAAGCAUACAAGCACCUUUCCGAGCACAGCCUCGAUACAUCAAUAUCGAAAGCCGCAUAUGCACAUGCAGCUGAGCUGCUACAUCCGGCGAUUCUGAACCACAGCAUAAGGGUGUAUCUCUACGCCUACGGAUUGGCAAAACACGAAUCCUCCAAGUACUUCACAGACGUUCAUCAACGCGAUCUACUCUUCACCGCAUGCCUUUUCCACGAUAUCGGGACUGCGCAAGGUUAUGAUGGCCCGCAGCGCUUCGAGAUCGAGGGCGCCGACGCCGCAGUCAAAUUCCUAAUUGGCUUUGGGGUCGGUGGGACAGAGGCGCACGAUGUCUGGACAGCCAUCGCGUGCCACACCAGCCCACAGAUCGCCGAGAGAAUCGGAGAGCUUUCGAGGCUUGUUCGGGUCGCUGUUAUUACGGAUUUCGGGCGGAGAGGCGAAGGUUAUGAAGUGCUCCAGUCACUGACAGAGAAACUGGAGGUGCAGUACGAGCGGGCGGGGAUCGAAAAGGUGCUUGGUGAUGCGGUGGUGGAGCAGGCAAAGCGGAAGCCAGAGAAGGCGCCGAAGGUUUCGUGGCCGCGUGCGAUGUAUGAGGCAUGGCUCGUGGAGCCAGAGUGGGACGGUGUCAACAAGGCGUUUUGA